UUUCCAAGAGAAGAAGUUUUGACAUUUUCAAGGUUGUUACGAUAUUUUGAGGUUAGAUGUAAAAUUUUUUGUUUUUCGCGACAAACGGUGAUUGAAAGAUAUUCGGCAAAAAUAUUGUAUAAUGACACUUGCCCUAAGAUCUUUCUUUUUAUUAAGGAAAUUAAAUAGACAAUUAACACCAAUAAUUAAGGGAGCAAAUGCUACAAAUUUUCAUUUACACACAACUCCAAGAUACUGUCAUGGAGAAUUUGAAAUGAAGGAUCCUAAAUCAGAGGAUGAAGUGGUUAAUGUAACAUUUAUAGAUAAGACAGGCAAAAAAGUGUCGAUUAGAGGAAAAAUUGGUGACAACGUUUUAUAUCUAGCUCAUAGGCAUGAAAUAGAAAUGGAAGGAGCUUGCGAAGCUUCUCUGGCUUGUACGACAUGUCACGUGUACGUCAAUCAUGAUUAUUUAGACAAACUUCCUCCGGCUCAGGAGGAGGAAGAUGAUUUACUCGAUAUAGCUCCGUUUUUAAAAGAAAAUUCAAGAUUAGGUUGUCAAAUAAUUUUAACCAAGGAAUUAGAUGGUAUCGAAUUGGAAUUGCCUCAAGCGACGAGAAAUUUCUAUGUUGAUGGUCACACACCAACUCCGCACUAAGUCAAUAAAUACUCAAAUAUUUGUACAUAAGAUAAGAAUACAAUAUUACUAACAACAAUAUUGUAUAUCAUUUACAAUU